AUGCUGACUGAUCAACAAAAAGAUGCGUUUCUUGACAUAGCUAGUUUCUUUGUAUCAGAAGAUGAGGAUCAUGUCACAAGUUUACUGGCUUCCAAAGACUCUCAUGAUGAGUCUUGUGAAGUUGGAGAUCUCGCGGACAAGUUCAUGUUAAGUGUCUCUACCGGCAAAAUCGAGAUGCCUCGUAUAUUGUGUUCAUUGGGCAAAGAACUUAGUUCAUUUGCAUCUUUUGAAGACAAUCUUGGUAAAAGCAGGCUGUGGGAUCAUGAUAAAGUUAUUAAAGCUUUGACCACCAACGAGAAAACCGAUUCUACUGUGAGAGGAAUCUUACUCGACGUGUCAAAAUUAGAAAAAGGAAUCGCCAUAGCCACAAACAAGUUGGCCUUGAUGCCGAACCUGCGAUAUCUCAAAAUCUUUGACUCUAGCUGUCCUCGGCAAUGUGAAGCUGUUGACGUUGUUGAAUGCAAAAUACAUGUGCCCGAUGGACUUGAUAUGCCUUUGAAAAAGAUUCGAUAUCUCCACUGGCUGAAGUUUCCAUCGAAGCAACUUCCAUCAAACUUUGACGCCGGGAGUCUUAUUGACCUCAGGCUACCAUACAGUAAGAUCAAAUGUAUUUGGGAAGCUGUGAAGGCUACACCAAAUUUGAAGUGGGUUGAUUUAAGUCACUCGACAGAGUUGAUAGACCUUUCAGCUUUGUGUCAAGCUGAAUCUCUUCAAAGACUAAAUCUUGAAGGUUGCACUAAGCUUGUUCAUUUGCCAAAAGAUACGGCAAAGAUGAAGAGUCUUGCUUUCUUGAAUCUCAGACGAUGCACAAGUCUCUUGUCUCUUCCAGAGAUGGAGAAUCUAACCUGUCUUACGACUUUAAUCCUCAGUGACUGCUCAAACUUUUAUGACUUUCGGGUAAAAUCCAAAAAUCUUGAACAUCUACAUUUAGAUGGCACAGAGAUCAAGAAACUUCCCGAGACGAUCAAGAAGCUCCAGAGACUUAUUGUACUGAAUCUGAAAGACUGCAAAAUGCUGGAGUCUCUUCCGGACUGUCUCGGCAAGCUUAAGGCUCUUGAAGAACUAAUACUCUCUGGUUGUUCAAGGCUCAUGAGUUUUCCUGUAAUCAAGGAGAACAUGGAAAAUCUGCAGAUUUUAUUACUCGAUGGUACGAAAUUCAGAGACGUGCCAGAGAUAUUACUAGUUUGUUUUAACUCCGACCAAGUGAAUUUACUGCGGUCACCCCGGACGACGAAUGGCCUAUCCUUGUUGCGACGGCUGUGCUUAAGCGGAAAUGAUAUGAUCAAAAGCCUUCAAUCUAACAUCAAUGAUCUUUAUCAUUUGAAAUUGAUCGACUUGAAGUACUGCAAGAGUCUGGUAUCUAUCUCUACGUUACCGCCAAAUCUCCAAUGCUUAGAUGCGCAUGCUUGUGUCUUACUCAAAACAGUAGCGAGUCCGCUAGCUCGUCUUAUGCCAACAGAGCAAGUGUCCUCCUCGUUCAUUUUCACUAACUGUGAAAAACUAGAGCACGUCGCUAAGAAUGAAAUCACAUGCUAUGGUCACAAUAAGGGCCGGUUCCUGUCAGAAACAUUGAAUCGCCACAAUAAGGGUCUUUCUUUUGAAGCUUUGGUUACCACAUGCUUUCCUGGAAGUGAAGUUCCUGCUUGGUUUAGUCACAAAGCUUCUGGAGCAGUGUUGGAGCCUGAGCUGCCUCGGCAUUGGAGUGAAAGUGGUUUUGUUGGAAUAGCUUUAUGCGCUAUUGUCUUGUUUCAAGAACAAAAAAUUAAAAACAAUAACCUCCAGGUGAACUGCAUAUGUGACUUCAAUAAUGUUAAGACAUCCUCUAGCUACUUUAGUUGCCCUGUUGGAGGUUUAUCCGAGACAGGCAGUGAGCAACGCACAAUUAAUUCUACGCAUGUCUUCAUUGGAUACACCAACUGGUUGAAUGUCAAGAAAUGUCAAGAGGAAGAUGGUAAGAAAGGAUGUGUGCCUACAAAGGCUUCAAUUAAAUUUCAAGUGACUAAUGAUAUUGGUGAGGUUACGAACUGUGAGGUGUUGAAGUGCGGUUUUAGUUUAGUUUAUGAAACUGGGCAAGCUUAA